UGAAGCGAGGAGAAUUUAGUCUUUGGAACGGGAGGGUGAUCGACUUCGUUCUAAGAUUUCUUUACUGGAGUCCAAGUGCAGGUAAUUUGGUUCUGCGUGCAAUCUAUUUCUGGAAAUGGCACAACUGCUCAGAUGCCGACUCGGUUGAGUGCAACCCAUCCACCCUUAAAAGUGGGAGCACCCAAAUGUGGAAUUUAGGGUGCAACUGCUUGUUUAGAAGAAUUGUUGAUUUUAGCAGCUGCUUGUUUAGAUGCAUAUGGGGAUGACAGUGUGAAGUAUCCGUAAUGGAAGUUUGUUAUAAGGGUGAGCAUGCAUAUGUUCCUAUAACUCAAGAAAGGUUACUGGCAGGCAUUAUCUACGAGGAUUCAACCUGGAUUGGAACAAAAGAUUGUUAUUCUGCGAGAUUCGUAUCUUCAGGUGAUCAAUUGGCAAUUGCUAAGGAAAAUGAGCGUCGGUUGGGAAUGGGUACAAAGGCAUGCUUGUUUGAUUGUGUCUACAAAUGCUGUCUUAUACAAGCUGACAAACUAAAGAAGUCAUUGGAGGAUGAAAUUCACUUUCUCAAGGGAAGGGUUUCAGAACUUGAAAGUGAUUUUGUGUCAAAGUCCCCAGAAGUUACAUCUACAGUUUUAGGGAAAGAAGAAGCUCUAUUGUGUCUGAAUUCAACUACAAGUUACAACCAAUGGCAACUUCUGUAA